UUUUUAAUGGGUUUUGAUAAGUGACUAGUGCAAGAAGUUGGUUGAUGCUUUGGAGAAUCCAAAUAGAUCUGUUCAUUAGGUUCUUGUUUCUUCAAACUUUACUGGGUAUAUUCUUGACUUCUUUAUUUUCAUUACCGCGUUAUUGGAAGAGUUUGUAGUUUAAAUGAAGCUUCCAUGUUGCUUCUUGUUUGCCAGUCAAUGUAGUUAUUAUCUAUUUAAAGGGGUUGUGAGCAAGGGUUUUAGGUUAUUCUUGUAUCAAAAUCAAUUGGGAAAUUUUGAACUUUUAUUUUUUGGAAUCAGCAAUGACACUGAAGAGGGCCUUUCAAGGUGAUGAUGAUGAUGAGUUUGGAGGUUUGAGUCCUGACACUAGCAGGAGAGUUACUUCUAAGAAAGCUUUUAUGGAUGUCAUGAAAGGGAUUUCAAUGGAUGAAAUGGUCAUCCGAAUGGAGCCAUUUCUUCGCAGAACGAAACUUAGUUGAUCAAGCUGAGACAUCUGAAAGAAGUCGCUUGCGAUUGGUUUUUGUUAACAAACUGCCCCUCUCAAUCUUUACUUGCAGCAAAAUAGAAGCUGAGGAUGGCGGACCUGUUAAGAUAAACUUGAUGGAUGCAUAUAGCAGGACGGUAGUGAAUUCUGGUCCCCUCUCUUCAAUGAAAAUCGAGAUCGUUGUCCUUGAUGGUGAUUUUUGUUCCGACGACCAAGAAGAUUGGUCAGAGAAUGAAUUCAGAUCCAAACUUAUGCGUGAAAGAGAAGGUAAACGACCACUGGUGACAGGGGAGCUAACUAUUACCCUAAAAGGAGGAGUUGGUAUUUUCAAUGAUGUAGUUUUCACUGACAAUUCUAGCUGGAUGAAAUGCCGGAAGUUCAGGUUAGGAGCUAGAGCAGUGCAAAGAAAUAAUGAUGAUAUGAGAAUAAGGGAAGCCAUAAGUGAAGCUUUUAUGGUGAAGGAUCAACGUGGCGAAUCAUACAAAAAACACCAUCCUCCAGCUUUGGACGAUGAAGUAUGGCGCUUGGAGAGAAUAGCCAAAGAUGGCCCCAUUUAUGAGCGAUUGGCUGAGAAGAAAGUUAAAACUGUGAGAGAUUUCCUGCAGUUGCAUACAAUCGAUCCCACGCUGCUACACAAAAUACUUGGUGCUCCACACAAGACCUGGGAGACAAUUGUAGAUCAUGCUGUAACUUGUGUUGUGGAUGACGAAAAGUUGUAUGCGUAUUAUACGAAUGCAGAUGGGGUUGUUCUCUUGUUCAACUCCAUCUAUAAGCUUGUAGCCGCCACAUUUGAUGGCAAAGUUUAUCAAUCUCUUGAUAAUCUAAACAGCUCUCAGAAGUACAUUGUUGAAAACUUAAAGAUUCGUGCUUAUAAGCAUGUGACGGACUUUGUCGCAGUUGAUGCACGCACCAUUUUAGGCCCUCAGAGGUCCUUAAUGGAUCCGCAAGUGGAACAACUCAACAGUCCAACUUCAAUACUGCAGCAUCAUGAGUUCCCAGUUGCACAAGAAAUGCAGCUGGAUUUCGACCAUGCUUCUACUUCAACUUCUAAUACUUACGAGCCAGUAGACUGCAAUCAGUUCCAAUUUUCCCUCCUACAAGACAGCCUUCAUCCUGCCGACAUGUUUAAUCCUAUGCUAAGAAACAGCUUCCCAAUGGCUGAAUUUGUUCCCAAUGAGGAAAUCAGUUGGCCAAACUAUAACUUAGGCUCUGAGUCCAUUUCUCAGGCUCCAAUGUCAACUUGGUCUCCAGUUAAUCCUGGAUGGGGGUCAGGCAAUGGAUUUCUCUUCACCCCAAGCAACGAAUCCGAAUUUGGCAUGGCUUCCUCUUUUCCAAACCUCGGUGUACAUAUGUCAAGGACUGGCAACCCCAAAGCAGCCUGGUGCAAGAUCAGAGCUGCUGUGAUAUGGGGAUCAGUCAGGCGCAAUGUGGCAGCCAGAAGAAUGGCAAGGCCUUUCUAUGUAAAUCAACUGCUAAGCUCUGGCAUUAAUUAAGCAUCCUAGAAGUUACAAGGUAAAGCUUCUGGUAGAUGUAUUAUAGUUUAGUUUGCUAAGCCGUCUGUUUUCUAGCAGCAGUCUUUUUAUCCCUGCUUGUAAACAUUGCAGCAAGGGAGGUCAUAGCAUGUGAUAUAUUUCUAAGCUUAGUCUUUCUUGCCAAUAGAGGUGAAUUCGAGCAGAGUUAUCUCAGUUCAAAUUCAUCGUUUAACUCAACAGAUUUAAAUUCUAAUUCAACUCAACACAAAUCCAUCUCAUGGAUAAUCUUUUUUCUUUUUUUUUGGUCUCCGUCUUGUAACUAAAGAAGCAAUGGGUUCUAUGUACAUAAUCUUGAAAAUGAUCUAAAUGUUGAUUAGUUUUAAAUGUCAUGCAUUCUUUUUAUUUGUUCAUGAAUGUAUUUUUGAGAGAUUAUUCUUGUAAACUAUUAUCUGCUCAAGAAGAAAGGUUAAAAAUGCUCUCUUUUAUUA